AUGUGGUCACGUGAAAUAGACAAGAAGCACGGUAAUAUCGUCCACGACGUUGUGCUCUUCAUCAAUCCACCGCUUCCACGCCUCACGCGCAAUGGCAUCGCACGCCUCCUGAACCUGAUAGAAAAAAAAAAAAAAAAAAAAAAAAAAAAAAAAAAAAAAAAAAAAAAAAAAAAAAAAAAAAAAAAAAAAAAGAUAGAUAGAUUAGAUAGAUAG